AUGUACGCUAAUGUUAUUACUACUGUCAUGCAGCAAUAUUCCGAUAACUUGACUGAUGAAUAUUUAGGAGAAUUGGCUUUGAAUACUAUAUCUGGAUUGAAACGAAAAAAAGAUGAAAAACUUAUAACUUAUAUUAGAGAAGGCAAAGUUUACAUAGAUGUCUAUGGUUUCAUUGGUGUUCCUCUUGUGGUGAUUGAUGUAUUAGCAAAUAAGUUGAAUUACAUUCCAAAACAUGUUGUGAGUGAUUUUAUUACUGUGUCAAAUAAGUCACUAUGGGAAAAAUUCGAAGAAUUAUGCCUCAAAACUAUGACUGCAAGAUUGAACGUUUUAUAUACUCUCAACCAUUCUAAGGAGCGCAAUUUUCAGAGUUAUUUAGAGGGGCAUAUUUCAAGUCCGACUUGGGAUUUAUUUCUUUAA